AUGGCUUCUUUUUCACUUGUGCUUAGAUACGUCGUCGUGAUAACGUUUUUCUUACUCUUCAACUCCGAAGAAAUAUUUGCAUCACGGCUAGUGAGAUCAACCAAGGCUAAUGUGGCUCAGAUUAGCGCUGAUGACUAUCCAUCUUCCGGUCGUAACUCACCGGUACACGACCUUGGGUUCCCUGACUUUCCGUUUUUCCAAGAACCAAUAGCCACGCCUCCGCCAGAUUUGCCUCUCCUUCCGCCACCGCCAACAUUUCCAGAUCUUGAAAAGGGUAGGUUUCCGGUACCGGUACCGGUUUGGCAUUCUCUCCCAGAUUUCCCGCCCUUGCCGCUCUUAGACCAGCCUCCUCCUUCUGAACCAUUUGGUCCAAGAUUCGACGAAUCCGAUAAUUGGCUGCCUUCUGUCCCAAGUAUCCCUCAAGGGUUUCCAUAA